GCAGCUCCCGCAUGUUCCCUCGUUGCAGGCUUGAGCACGGAUGUGGCUGCUACGGGGUUCCCCGUAAUACUAUAAUGACAAUAAAAAAGGCCUCAAAGGCCGUCCUGUCCAGAUUCGACAGUCCCAUAGCUUCGGAAUCGGUAGCAGGACAAGUAGAGUUGGACAAACAGACAGGCGUGGGGAACAGGGCGAGUGAGCAAGGUGCAGAGCGUCGGCACUGCUUGCCGCCGUCGCCCGACAUGGCUUCUCGACCCCUCUCCUUCUUGGACGCGUUCAUAAGAUGGAUGGCCCUGAACGGAAUCCGAUACACAGAUGGGAUCCAUUUCAGCCCGAAGUCGGUGUCUGGGUUUGGGGUCGUUGCCUCCAGAGAUCUCAAGGUUGGGGAGGUCAUUGCUACUAUUCCAAAGUACACCAUGUCUUGUGUGCCCACGUCGUUCUCCCUGACGCUCUUUUUCAUCGCCCCUCCUCGACCUACUGCCAGGUUCAAUCAUAAGACAGCUGCAGAGGAUGUGCAUUUCCAGGUCGGCGCAGACUCCAGCUCCGAUGCUGACGGAGACAGCCUAGCGGAAGCUCAUCUAGCCAGUGACGAAGAGAAUGGCGAGGACGAUGAGUAUGCCAAUGAUUCUGCUGAUAGUGAUGGUGAUAGGGAUGGUGAUAGUGAUGGGGAUGAAAUGGGGGGGGAGGAAGAGGAGGAGGAACAAAUGGAGGGGAAAGAUGAGAAGGAAGAAGAGGGUAGAAAGAAGGAGCAAAGGACUAUCGCUGCGGUUGCCGGAAAUGAAUCACCAGUAUCAAGGAGCUCAAGACUUGGAUUGCAAGAAGCUUCGUUUGGAAUCGAAGAUGGACAUCUUAUGGGUGGAAAUGACCCAAUUUUGGAUCCUAAUGGCAGAGUAAACGGAAAGCAGGAGGCCACUCUAGGAAAUUCCGGGGCUCCGUUCGCGAUGGAAGAAGAAAGCGAGGAUUUGUUAGAAAUGACCAUGGUGAGAGAUGUUGCUCAAGGAUCAGAAGUUUUCAACACAUUCGGGGAACUUAGCACUGCAGCAUUGCUUCUUCGGUACGGCUUCACGGGGCCGAACAACCCGUUUGAUAUCGUCAACGUUGACUUAUCGAUGGUGGAGAGAGCUUGCUGCAAGUUUUGGUCCGCAGAACAUGUCACGUCUUGCACCACUUUGUGGCAGAAGAUGGGAUUCUCACCGUGCGAAUCGGAUGGAGUGGGGUACUUUGAGAUUGAAGCCGAUGGCAAACCGCAAAUUGAACUGCUAGUCCUGCUUCUGCUCUGCUGUCUCUCGGAGCAAGGCUGCGCAAAACUGCGAGCCGGAUUCCGAACAGAGAUGAAGAAAGGAGUCAAAGUGGAAAUCGGGGAGCUGUGUCGUGCGAUUGGGUGCAUGGACGGUGACCAAGUCUUGCAGCUCGCAAGAGUCGCAAGGAAAGGGGAGCAGAAGGAAGCUGCUAUCGAAUCGGAGGCCCUCGAACAUGUUUCAAGAGUGAAAAGGUCGAAGAUUGUAGAGGUUGCAGACCAUGACGAUGCUGCUGCUGAUGAUGAUGAUGCUGAUGAUGAUGAUGCUGAUGAUGAUGAUGAUGACAGUCUUCUUCUGUGCAAGUCAGCAGAGGGUGCAAGCAGCAGCAGGAGGGACAAGGAACUGGAGGAGAGGCAGUCCGACAAGAUAGGAAGGACCGCCAAUGGCGGCCUGCGUCGAGAGGAGGACGGAACGCAUUCUCAUGCGAAGUCGGCGGCAAGCGAAGUACAUAGAAGCCAGGCAGCAGUAGAGAUCAACCGCCAAGAAGCAGAGACUCGCGAAGAAUGCGACGUUCGCGGUCGCAGUACUGCCCCCGAUGAACACGAUUCUGACUUGCACGCCUGCUUGCAUGGCAGCCUCUGCGAUCCUGAGGUCACGGUACACGGUUGGGUGACACGAGGCUUCGCGGGAACCGUCUUGGCAGCCAUCUUAGAGGAGAGGAAUGGGAUGUAUCCGACGGCGUCGGUGAUCGAAGACAAGCAGCAGAUGCUGGACCUGGAAAAGACGGAAAACCUGCAGCCGAACGGGUCAACAGCGGACUCGAUGAAGAGUGUAAACUACCAUAAUGACGAGGCCAUAAGGCGGCAAAUGAGGCGGUUCAACGCCCUUUUAUUGAGGAUAAGCGAACGUGAAAUAUUGGCCAAAUGUCAGGAAAGGUUCUGUGCUCGUGUGAAAAUCGAUGACGAUGGAAAAUGUAAUAAGAAGCGAAUGAGAGAUGACGACGGGGCUUUUCAUUUUCGUAUUGCCAGGAUAGUCGAAUUUCAGCAGUCGGGGGCAGUGGUGGUUUAACGGAUGUCGGGGAGAACAACACGCGGUUUCGUGUUAUGCAAGAAAGCAAACGUUGUGCAAGAGGAAGUAAAAUUGUAAGGGAAAU